UCAGCUGGCCAUUUACCAAAGCCAUCUUAGUUUGCUUUAUAAAUCCCAGAUUAAAAGUCCAAAGCUUUAGUCUUGAGUCCCUCUCUGCUUCUCUUUCUGGGCAGCUUUCACUGAAACCCACAAAGGUGGUGUUUGAGUUGUGUUGUUUUGUUGUCAGUGCUUGCUUAGUUAGGCAGUUGAUCUUCUGAAACCAAAACCCAUCUGCCUGAAACUGGAAAGAUUCCAACUUUGAUGUUCUUGGCUGAUGAGCUUGGUGGUUUUUUAGUUUUGAGAGUUUGAGUUGUAGGUUUAGUGAGAGAUGGCCUAUGGGAAUCAAAUCCAGAGGGUGCCUGAGAAUCUGAGGAAACAGUUUGCUGUUGCUGUGAGGAGUAUUAAGUGGAGCUAUGCAAUUUUCUGGUCAUUGUCAACAACUCAACAAGGGGUGCUGGAAUGGGGUGAAGGGUACUACAAUGGAGACAUCAAAACUAGGAAGACGGUGGAAGGAAUAGAACCAAAAGCUGAUAAAAUAGGUUUGCAGAGGAAUGAGCAACUCAGAGAGUUGUAUAAGGCACUCUUGGAAGGUGAGUCGACGGGACAAGAAGCAAAGGUGCCUUCUGCUGCAUUGUCUCCAGAGGAUCUCACAGAUGCGGAGUGGUAUUACUUGCUUUGCAUGUCAUUCGUGUUCAAUAUUGGCGAAGGUCUGCCAGGAAGAGCAUUAGCAAACGGGAAAAGCAUUUGGCUAUGCAAUGCUCAAUAUGCGGAUAGCAAAGUAUUUUCUCGUUCUUUGCUAGCAAAGAGUGCUUCUAUCCAGACUGUGGUCUGCUUUCCCUAUCUUGGUGGUGUCAUUGAGCUUGGUGUUACGGAGCUGGUACCAGAGGACCCUAGUCUCCUUCAACACAUCAAAGCUUCCUUACUCAAUUUCUCAAAGCCAGAUUGCUCUGAGAAAUCUUCCUCUGCACCUCACAAAGCAGAUGAUGAUUCAGACCAAAUUCUUGCCAACAUUGUAGGCCAUGAAAUAGUUGAUACAUUGGGUUUGGAGAACCUGUAUUCCCCUUCCCAAGAACUCAAAUUUGAUCAGAGUGGAAUUAAUGGGUUACACGGACAUGAUGAAGAGUUCAGCAUUGGGUCUGGUGAUGAAUGUUCAAAGGGAUGUGAGCACAAUCAUCAAACUGAAGACUCCUCCAUGCUUGAAGCUGUCAACGGUGGGGCUUCUCAGGUUCAGAGUUGGCAUUUCAUGGAUGAUGAUUUCAGCAAUGGAUUUCAAGAUUCCAUGAAUUCUAGUGACUGUAUAUCAGAAGCUUUUGUGGGAAAGGCUCAUUCUUCUACUAGACCUGAGAAUACGAAUCAUAGUCAUUUUAAAGAACUUCAGAACUUCAAUGAUACAAUGUUCAUCUCUUUGGAUCUUGGAUCAGCUGAUGAACAUUUACACUACAAAAGAACUGUUCGUGCUAUUUUGGGGAGCUCAAUGCAGAUAAUAGAAAACCCCUAUUUUUGCACUGGAGAUGGAAAAUCUAAUUUUGUGCAAUGGAGGAAAGGAGGUAUUUACAGUUGUAGGCCAAAAGCUCAGCAGAAGUUGUUAAAAAAGAUUUUGUUUACAGUUCCAGGGAUGGUGAGUGGUAGCUCUCCUAGUUCCCGAAAAGUUACUACUACAGACUCCAAACCAGAAAGUGAUGAUGUGCAUGAAAAAAUAAGAGAGAAUGAAAAGCUGUUGGUCCUGAGGUCAAUGGUUCCUUCUAUGACUGAGAUUGACAAGGCAUCUAUCCUCGAUGACACAAUAUAUUACUUGAAAGAGCUUGAGGCAAGAGCCGAAGAGAUGGAAUCUUGCAUGGACACUGUGGAGGCAAUAGCUAGAAGGAAAAUCCUAGAAAGAGUAGAGAAGGCAUCCGAUAACAAUGACAAAACAAAGAGUGGCAAUGCUAAAAAGCCUUUGAUAAACAAGCGCAAGGCUUGCGACGUUGAUGAAACUAAUCCAGAACUCAAUAGGUUUGGCUCCAAAGAAAGCUUGCCGCUCGAUGUGAAAGUCUGUGUAAAAGACCAGGAGGUUCUGAUAGAGAUGAAAUGCCCUUAUAGGGAAUACAUCUUGCUUGAUAUAAUGGAUGCUGUUAACAGUCUAUACUUAGAUGCUCACUCAGUCCAAUCAUCCACUCUCAAUGAUGUUCUCACAUUGAGCCUUAAAUCAAAGGUUAGAAGUUCCGAGUCUUCUGGCUGAUCUUUCAAUGGUUACUAGUAUGCAUUGUAAUUGCUUUUGUUUCGAGGAUCAGCAAUUGCACCAGUGGGGAUGAUAAAACAAGCGCUUUGGAAAGUUGCUGGUAAGUGCUGAGAUGCCAGAAAAUAAACUUGUACUUGUAGGUUCUUAGCCUUCGAAUAAUCUAGCUUCGUGGAAUUAAAGAUGUAGUAGUAAUAGCAGCACUUUGAUCUGCUUCUUAGCUUGCAUUCCUCUCCUCUGUUUAAGCUUUUUCACUAGAUAACAAUCUUCACUAGUGACUUCGUUGAUCUGAUGGAGAAAUGGAUCGUCCCGUGUAAUUUGUAGAUCAAGUAAUUGUCUCUUUACAGUGAGAUUACAAGU